AUGUUUGGUUUCAGUGAAGCGGCUGGGCUGUGGGGAAGAGAGUGUCUGAGACCGGGGAGGGGGGGGGAGAGUGUGUGAGAGAGGGAGCCGGGGACAGUAACAGCAACAGUAACCAUGCUGUGAAUGUCCCCGCCUGACACACUGUAUCCGUCUGUGUUGCCAUUUACACUCAGACCGCAGCGGAGCCGCGUCUUUGUAACAUGUUGUUGCAACUCCACCCCUUGUCUGUUACACUGUUUAUCUAAUCUGUAUCUCUCUGUCUGUCUCUCACACACACACACACACACACGCCUCUGCCGCCCAGUUCCUGACUCUCUCUCCCUGUUCACUCACUGAUCUCUGGAGGGAUUUCUCCCCUGGUCGGACCCCCCUCCUCUCCUCUCCUCUCCUCUCCUCUCUCUGUCUCCCCCCGCGGCUCCCAUGAAGGGUCCCGGGACACGGCAGCGAUGCGCCAGGUCGCCUCUCCGGCCCGUUCUGCUACCGAUACCGUUACUGCUACUGUCCGUGUGUCAGCUGUCCAGCCAGGCUCCAGGAGUCAUACCGUUUGAGGAGGUGUGGAACCGGAGCUAUUGCCGCACCAUCGAGGUGCUGGUGGAGGUUGUGCGGGAGUUUCCCACCGAGUCCGAGUGGAUCUUCAAGCCCUCCUGCGUCCCCCUCCUGCGCUGCGCUGGCUGCUGCGGGGACGAGAAGCUGCGAUGUACAGCACGGGACGUGUACAACAUCACCUUACAGGUCAUUAAGUUAAAGCCUUUGGAGCAGGUGACCAGGCCCGAGGAGAUGACCUUCAUGGAGCACAGUAGCUGUGAAUGCCGACCAAGGCGGAAACGAUUGAAAGGCGACAGGAGAAGCGGCAAGAGGAGAGGUCAACGGAAGAGGAUCAAGCUAGACGAUGAGCCUGAACACAACCAAUGCCCCACAGUGCGGAGAAAGAGACCCCAGACAGCGUGAGAGAAGGGGGUCGUUGGUGGACACGGGGGCCGGUGAACCGAGAUACCGUCUGAACCGCGGGGAGACUUUGAAGAGGAAGUGUGUCGGUGCCAAUGAAGAAUGGUGAUGGCUUCCGUCUGCUGCAGGGACAGAGAGAGGGGGGGGG